CGAAAUUAUCCAGUCACCACAAGUUGUAAUUGGAUAUCUACAAUUGGACACUCACGUGAUCAUUUGCUGAUUACGUGACAAAUAGGUACACGGAGAUCCAAUCACGAUAGAGAAUUUUGUUAUAGAUACGAUUAGAACGAAAAUAACUCUGAAAACUGAUUCUCGUUACAACUGAUAUACGCGCGUGCUCGGAAAGGCUGGCGAUUGUGACGACGAUUUCGCGUCAACUCUAAAGAGCUCGGCAUUUGAACCAGAAAUGGACAGUUUAGUUUUUCAAUGGCAAACCAACGACCUCUACUUGUCCUAACUCUUCUAUUGUAUCCUCUGCAAUCAGCUAGUGUUAAUUACGUUAAAAUUGGCGGAAUACUCUGCGACGAACUUAACUCAAAUGAACUUUCGGCCUUCAAUCUUGGCUUGGAAUAUGUUAACAAUGAUGCAACGUUGUUGCCGAACACCGUUCUCGUCCCUUUGAUAAACAAAACUGACUGGACCGAUGCAUUCUCCAAUAUCGAUGCAGCUUAUUGGCAGAUUCGCGGUGGAGCUGUUGCAAUAGUUGGACCUACAACCUCAUCUUCCGUAAAGGCCACGCAUGCGCUAUGCGCCGGCUUUCACAUUCCACAAAUAGCUCCUUACGCUACGGAUCCUUCAUUUGACUUCUCUGCUGACUCCUACAGUUACUUAGUACGCAUGAGCAGCAGCGAUGCGACUGAAAACCGUGCCCUGGCAGAUUUUGUGUCGCAUUUUAACUGGACGCGCAUAGCGGUGUUGACAUCAAGGAGUGAUUUUGGUCUGAAUGGUUUAGUCGUGUUCAAAGACAUUGCUUCUCACAAGGGAUGGACGCUGGUAGCCGUGGAAAGUUUUCAGGAAUUUAGAAUCGUAUCCAAGAUUAAUGCCAUGACACAGCUGCUCCACAUUAGAAGUCGAGGAGCCAGGAUAGUUGUUCUGAACUGCAUGGCUGGAAGCAUUCGUACCAUUCUUCGGCAAGCUAGCGAUCUUGGAAUGGUUGAAGGAUGGGUUUGGCUUGUCACCAAUGGUGCAUUUGCUUUCGACGGUCUUUAUGAACAGGGACAGCCCAUACCAGAGUAUCUCCAAGGUAUUGUGGGCAUUAGGCAUUCUUUUGGUGGAGGUACAGAAUAUCAAAACUUUGAAAACACGUGGAAAAAGAAAGGAUAUGAGGCAGCACCCCUGGAAAAAGACGCCACUGUGGGCCAUACAUUUGACUCAGUGUUGGUCCUGGCAACAGCAAUUCAUAACAUGAUUCAAGAUGGCUACAACGUGACAAUCACUGAGGGUUUAGAGUUUGGUGUGCUUAAAAACGGCUCGACUGCAUUUAGCAAAAUUGGAGAAACGCUGUUAGAUUAUAUCACAAAAGUUAAUACUUCCGGCGUGAUGGAUACCAUAGUCUUCGAUACCAAUCGUUCUCCGCUCAGCGCGACAUUUGACAUUGUAAAUCUGCGCCGAUCUGGAUUAGAGAAAGUAGGUAAAUGGGAUUCCAUUAACGGGCUGGUCAUGGAGGAGAAAAAGGAAAUAAUCUGGCCAUCCGAGAAAACUUCUAUUCCUAGUGACACAUCAGUGUCUAUGGAAAACCAAACUUUUACUAUUGUCACUAUUGAAGAAACACCUUUUAUAACCAAGCAAUCUUCGUCCAUAAAAUCAGACAAACUCGUACUAAUGGGUUACUGCAUUGAUCUCCUUGAGAAACUUCAAGAAAAGCUGAAAUUUUCUUACGAAGUCUAUCUGGUACCAGACGGUAACUAUGGCUCCCAAGAUGCACUUACCAAAGAAUGGAACGGCAUAGUUAAAGAGAUUAUCGAAGAAAGGGCGGACAUGGCUGUAGCGUCAUUUACAAUCAGCUCAGAACGACAAAAAGUCAUUGACUUCACCCAGCCGUUCAUGCAUCUCGGACUAACGGCUCUCGUCAGGUCUGUCAAUGAUGAAGUGGAUUUCUUCGCGUUUUUCAAGCCUUUUAAGGUCGACUUGUGGAUAACGAUAGCAGUGACCACUUUUCUGAUCGGAGUUCUGCUGUGGUUCUUCGGCACAUUCAGUCCGUUUGGAUUUUAUGGUAGAUGCGUUCAGAUUUCCCAUUAUAACGCACCACGGGAACAUCAGAAGAGGAGACACACCCUUCGCCUAACUAAGUCACUGUGCUCAUCUCUUGUGCACUACGUUGGACAAAGCGCGGACAGCUUGCAUCCAGUGUCGGCUUCUGGAAGAAUCACCGUAGCUGUUUGGUGGUUCGCAAUUUUGAUCAUCAUUUCAACGUAUACCGCAAACUUAGCUGCGUUUCUCACAAUUAAAAGGCUUUCUUCUCCAAUAAACAGCAUUGAAGAUCUGGCAGGGCAGACCUCGACUCCCUACGGUACUGUCGCCAACAGUCAGCCACAGUCGUUCUUCGAAACGUCUUCCAUCCCUAGCUUUGUCACCAUGUGGCGGUACAUGAAGUACCAUCACACUCUUCUCAAGAAUAGUCAAGUGGGGAUCAAAAGGGUCAAACAAGGCAACUUUGCCCUCAUAGGGGACUCCGUUGUCCUGGAACAUACGACUCACACCGUCGAGUGUGGCACUCUGACGACCAUCGGCAGCUUGUUUGGCGAGAUGGGUUACGGCAUUGGAUUACCCAAAGAUUCCCCGUACACUAAACAGCUUAGUCAAGCUAUCCUAGAGCUGGGCCACGAGGGAUACAUGGACAGCCUUGAACAAAAGUGGUUCCAUUCACAGAGGCAUUGUGAAGAAGAACACGUUAGCGAUGACCGUGGAAUCCAGCUGGGGCUGGCAGACAUGGUGGGUGUGUUUAUCAUUGUCUGCGUCGGAGUUGGAAUCAGCUUCAUCGUGCUUCUCAUCGAAUGCUCCGUAGCUUCGUGUUUAACUACAAAAGAGGACGAUCCCGAUGCGCCCAGAACGGCUUGGAACUCGUUGGAUGCUAGACGCGGCAGCACGUGGCAUGACUGGAGACAUCGAGAUGACGUCCCUGAAAUGCCGCGGUUUAUCAGUGGCUUGACACCAAACGACAUGGGACGGUUCAUGGCAUUUUUAGCGCGACAACGACGCCGGAGAACAGUGUCGUCGGAGAUGAACCCGGAGGUGGAGUUGGAAUUAGAAAGUCUAGAGAGUUUUAAUUAAAAGUGACAUUAAACAAGAACAGGAAGAAAUAAUUGAUUUCAACCUUAAAGAUAUAACCCAAAAAACACACUACCGCCAAAGUGCAACCGUUAUUUUAUUGUAAUACGCUGUUAUUUGAAAGUGGAAAAUAUCUUAUAACGAAUGAUGUGUCAGUUGUAACAUCUUAAAGACUAAACGAGGAAUUGUAAAAUUUUCUAGAUCACUACCAGAAAUAAAUUUGUUUGGCGAGUCUCGCGUAUUGUGUUGAGUUUCAACCUUAAGCAUCGAUUAAGCAUCCGGAUUACUUUUUCGAAGGUCCUACAUCAUGUACAUCCAGGGUUUGACUU